ACUUGUUCCCAAUUCGUCAUGCCCCGUCCGAACCAGUCGAAGACGUACGCGACGCCGCGCCGGCCGUUCGAGAAGGAGCGCCUCGACCACGAGAUGCAGAUCAUCGGCAAGUACGGCCUCAAGAACAAGCGCGAGGUCUGGCGCGCCAAGCUGCAGAUUUCCAAGUUCCGUGCCGCCGCGCGUAACCUGCUGACCCUUGACGAGAAGGACCCGAAGCGCAUGUUCGAGGGUGAGGCCCUCCUCCGCCGCCUCAAGCUCCUCGGCGUCCUUGACGACGAGCGCAACUCGCUCGACCACGUGCUGUCGCUCACCACUGAGGACCUCCUCGACCGCCGUCUGCAGACCCUUGUCCACCGCUACGGUCUUGCCCGCUCGGUCCACCACGCUCGCAUCCUGAUCAAGCAGCGCCACAUCCGCGUUGGCAAGCAGGUCGUCGACGUGCCGUCGUUCAUGGUCCGCAUCGACUCGGCCAAGCACAUCGCCUUUGACCCGAACUCGCCGUACGUCGGCGGCAAGCCCGGCCGCGUCAAGCGCAAGAACAUGGCCAAGAAGUCCAACAACGCCGAGGACGACGAGUAAGCCUCCUGGUAAACAACAAAAAUCAAGCCCC